CUGCUGCACAGUCGUUUGCCCGUCUUCUUUCAGCGACACAGCGAGUUCUUGUGGCCCUUUUGGACAUGCCACGCCGCAUCUGAGACUGCCCAUCGAUAGCGGAGCAGCGCCAUGGACGACGCCUCGGCGCCGGCAGAGGCGCGACGGUCCAGCAUCGAAAAGGCGCCCCUCGUCCUUGAUACACCCCCGCCGUUCGACGGUCUACCAGACGAAAUCAUCGAGCAGAUACUCCUCGCCACGGAUCCCAAUGGCUUCGCGUCUCUUAUGACCCUCAACCGAAAAUGGAGAGAUGUAUCUCAACGCCCGCACGUCUAUCGAUACCACCUCGCACGAUGUCCGUCAUAUGCUUCGUCCCAUCACAAGCUGCCGAGUGCCGACGUCGAAAACUUGCCCAAGCUACGGCGGCUGUUUGCCAGUGAGAUCAAGCGCAACCUCUUCGAAUCCUACGUGCGACCGAACGUGACCGUUUUCAAACUCGUAUCCAAGGCAAUCAGCUCUUCAUCAUGUCCGGGAGGAGAAGGCAUGGCGUUCACCACGUCGCCAAAUGGGCAUCACGUAUUGGCGUAUAACUCAUCCAGGCUGUACCUUAUAAACGCCCAAGGAUCGGAGAUCGACAUAAAGCGCGAGUUCAAGCUGCUGCGGCGCCCGGUAUCGGCAUGCGUCUCCAACGAUGCGAACCUCCUGGCUGUUCUCUCCAACGAGAUGCAAGUUGACGUUUACGAUCUGACGCAAUCCCCACCCAAACGAAAACAGUCCCUGAUUCUCGAUAACGAUCCGAGAACAAUUGCGCUGUCGCCCUGCGGCACAGUUCUUACCGCGGCCUAUGACGGCGGCAUCGAGGUCCAGUCGCUGAGCCGCGGGGCGUCUCCCACCGAAAGGCGUGCCGUCAAGUGCGAUGCAGUCGACGCUUUGGCUUUUUCCUUUGAUGGCACGCAGAUUCUCGGGACAACACUUCACUCAUCCCCACCGAGCACGGUCGUCAUCACCGCACCAUAUUAUGAUCCCGGCGCUCUUGCAAUGGACCAAAGCGAGGAGAACCUCAGCGCAAUGUGGACCACGUCCAUUCUAUUUCCCAACUCGAGCCGAGACUGUAGUCAUGCCGUGCUGUUGCAGGAUGGAAGCCAGGAGGAGGCUGCUUGGGCAUUUGCAUACGAUCGCAGCUUCGAAACCUUUCGUGCCGUUCGAAUCGAUGAUUUGAGAAACGGCACGACGCAUUUUACUGGCCCGGUGCCCAAAACAGCCUCCCAGGCCAAGCUUCUUCCUUGUACGCUGCCUUCGGCUACAUACCAUGGUGAAUUGGUGUCUGCUUGCUUCCACGGCAACGAAGUCUGGAUUUACGGAGUACCCGAGGACCUGACAGCGGUGCCUGAUGCUUCUCUAGCCGCCAGUGAUACUUCUGGAUUGGCUAGGAGGAAUAGCGCUCAGAGCCACUCCUCGCGAUCUCCGUCCAUCAGGACACAAGAAGUUGUUGUGCCCACAGCUGCCAGUGCCAGAGUUCCCCAGUGGCAGAUCCUAUGUGAUAAGUUGAGAAACAACUUUGUGGCAGGGCACAAGACGUCAGAAGUUAUCGGCGUGAGCAAUGUGAAAUGGGUUUCGGGAUUUGGCGAUACAUCGCUCAAGGAACGACUUAUUGUCACUGCUACAGGAGUUACAGGGCCUAGGCUCGUUACCGAAGAUGAGGACUUUGACUUCGUUGAUGGUGGCAGAAUUGCUCUAGUGGAUUUCGGCUACGCUUUCACUGACGGAACCGAGACAGAGGUGACUAUCGAGGUCGGAAGUGACGAUGCCGAAGUUCUCGAAGAGGAGCAACGUGAUAUAGAAACCGACGUUGCUAUUGUGCGACGAAGGACAGUAGCCCAGCGAGGGGGGAGGGGGGGUUCACGGAGAGCCAGCUUGAUGCGUACUGCAACAGUCGCCGGGAUUCAUACUUCUCCUACUUCGUCUUCUCAAUACAUUGUUUCACCCAUCUCACCCAUAUCAACUCGAAGCGCCGAUGACGACGAUCCCCUAGUGCCAAGGACGAUGAAUCGAAACCCUGUCAGCCGCCCGAUCAUUCAAGAGCCUAUCGACGACGAAGAAUUUUUGUCGAUUGAAGAGCAGGAGGCCCUGGAUGCCCCAUAUGCCCACUCUAGUCCGCGAUCAGGGACAACUCUGCGCCGAGCAGCUACAGUGGCCGCUGCAAAUCGUCGUCUAAACCCGCGGACGGCGGAUGGCCGGCCCAUAGAAUACCGCCGGGCAGACGGUAGGAGGGAACACCCCCAUGAGAGUGAUGCGGAUAAUUGGGAGCCACCGCCGCCGCCUUAUCAGGCAGAGGAUCCAGGCGAUACACCUGCCUUUCUGCGCGGCCGUGCUGUGUUGGCGUCUGCCUCGAUCCCAGUGCAAACUCAGCCGUACCUACCAGUACAGAUGCCUCAACCACCCACUUUGGCGAUUCCACCAAGCUUUCAGCCGAUCCCAAGUCUCGGGCCCGGCGUUGAUGGUGUUGAUUAUAGCGGAUCUGCUCAUGCGAGAUCCGCCAGCGACUCAACAACUGUGGUAGGCAGGCUACGGAUUGAUGAUGGCGUGCCUCUACCCUUAUCAAGCACAUCUGGACCACUAGAUCAUGAGGAUCUAUAUGGAGUAUCUCCCCCAACUUCACCAGUUAUGUCCCACAGUCAAGACGGUCGAUCUACGGCCUUGUCGCGGGAUUCCAUCACGCCACAGCCUACCUCUGUGACAUCAAAUUCUUCCACGGGGGCAUAUGAAGGCAGCCCUGCCGCUAUAGUCCCUAUGUUGCAUCCUGAGUUUGAUUUUGGUGGGCCGGGCCUGGGGCUUGACACUGCGUCGAUUUCAACAAUGGAGACCAACGACGUCUCUUGUCACCUCUUAAGGAGACCCUCUAAUGCGCAAACCUGGCCGAUGGCUGCUCCGGAAGAAAGACGCGACUCGAAUGCUGAAAGCGAAACAGCGAACUCCGCGUUACCACCAGCCCCUAGCUCGGACCAAAUGGCCAGGCUCAUUAGGAGGGCCAGCCAAGGAAACCCACUUAACCUAUCGGGUAGCCUGCUUUCAGCGCAGAGCCCCCAGGCACAGCGACCACAGCCGGUCGGGGGCUCUUUGACCUCCACGGCAAACGAGCCUGACCCUGAAAUCGACCAGCCCCUAAUUAUCAGCACCCCGGGAGGUGUAGGCGGUAUCUUCGAUCCGCCAGGGCGCAGAACGUCUCGCCGGGGUGAUAUGCCGAUCGUAGCGCCUGUGCCUAGACGCCCUCGCGCGACAGGCGGCUCUGCCCUCCCUCCCACGGUAGAGAGACUGGAAACGAUCUCCACUGGCACUGAACCUCCCCUAGAGGGCACUCUCGCCUUGCCGACGUGGAUGAGGGGGCCACCUACCUCGCCGGGCAGGCAGACAUCGAAUAUAGUGAAUAGACGGCCCAGCCGGGCUGAGAGGAGCGCGGCCAAGAAUAUGCGUGAUGCGAAGAAGCGAGGCUGGAAAGCGAACGCCAAGAAGAGGAAGGACGAGAUGAAGAGAGUUACUGCUAUUUUGGAGGAAGAUAAUAACGGCAGUGUCUGGGUGGACGUGGAUGCACCAGCUGCUGCGAAGGACCAUGAUAAAAAAUGCAGCGUUAUGUGAUGAAAAAGGGAAAAUAAGCUUGUUUCUCCCUCUCAAAUUUCCGC